AAGCCACCCAGAGCUAUAGCCAGAGUGGGAGAUGUCAGAGCGCUGGACCCAAGGAUGGGGUGCCGGAGGCAGGGAAGUCCUGCAGACUAAAGCGAUGCCUGCUCAGGGAGGCUGGCCACAGCCCCGGGACCUCAGCUGGCCCGGCUGCUCAGCGAGUCUCGCUGUACGGAUUUUACCUACACUCCUCAGCGACCCCGUCUUGGGCACUGAUCAUGUCGGGGAGGUGCAGAGCCCACACCUGGCCAGAGAGAGGAUGCGAUGCCGAGCUGACCUGCCGAGACAGUCCGCAGCCGACCUCCUCCCCCCAACCCGCUUCUGCCAUGGGUGUACGUGGACAGCCGGCUAACCGCGAGCCGUGACUCCGCGCUGGCUUUUCCAGGCAGCCCCACGUCCCCCCGAAGCUGGCAGUUCUUUCUCCAUUUCCAAUGCUCUUAAUCCUCAUGGAGCCACAACCGUAACCAUGGCAACUCGGGUCGAGGUUGGAUCCAUAACAUCGCUGACAGGACCAGGCCUUGGUGACAUCAGCAAGGAGCAGAACUACUUUUACCACACUGGAAACACCUCUGGGGCAAAAAGUGUAUUGAGGACCCCAGCCCGCCUGUUUCCUCUGCCCAGAUUCACCCCCAAGCCCUUCUGCAAGGAGCAGAUCUCUGAAGGCAGGUCCCCUGUCCCAUCUCCCUGGCCUGGUCCCACCAGGCCCUGUCCUGCUGGGAUCUCGGAGGAGGCAGAGGACUUGGGAGAAGUGAUGCCCAGCUUGGCAAGGCAGGAGGCGGGCAGUGAGGAGGCCUCACAGAAUGGCCCCUCUGUGCCUGGCAGAGCCACCGUUCCAAGGCCUGGCCCCAGCACCAUGGACCUCUUUGAAACUACCAAAGCAGGCCCCACUCUGAGCAAAGCAGCCAGCCCCAGGGCUCCGGAGUCUGGCAAACGGGUGACCCAGGAGCCUCCCUCCAGCAGCCGGCCGGAAGUGGCCGCCAAGCCCGCCUUGCCUGCCCGCAAGCCCACGGGGACCCUGCCCCGACCGGCCUCCCUGCCCCAGGAUGCGAGGUCCCCCGCGUCCCGGGAAGAGGCCGUCCCGGCCCAGCCUCUGCCAAAGGCUCACAGCGUGGAGGACCCAGCAGGCAGCGCCCCGGAGAUCAGGCCUCGUCCCAAGAGAAGGCCCGUGUCAGCCAUCUUCAGCGAGUCCCUUCAGCCUCCGAAGCCAGGCCCAGGGGGGAAGGUGCCCCCGACCCCUCCUGAGAAGACCUGGGUGAGGAAGCCCAGGCCGCUGUCCAUGGACCUGACCGCCCGCUUUGAGAGCAGAGAGGCCUUGCUGAGGAAGCUGGCGGACGAGCCGAGCGAAGCAGCGCGUCGCGGCCCAGAGACGACCGGCGCCGAGCCCAAGAGGGACUCGGAGCUCCCCGUCCACGCGGAAGCCAUCGCGCGCGGGCACCAGGACUCGGCCUUCGUGGAGGUGGCCAGGAAAGUCCACGAGCGAAAGGAAAGGGCGCUUUCCAGGCCGUCGGAGGCGGGCAGCCCCAGGACCCCCGGGGGCCGGGCCAGGCUUACUCCAGCAGACGACCAGAGGCUUCAGGAAGAGAGAGCCAGGCUGCACCAGCCGCCGGAGAAGGCGCCUGAGUCUCCUCCGUCCAGGCCGGGAAGAAGCCUGGGGCCUGCCCCGGCCAAGAACGGAGGGCCUGACCGCGAGGCCUCGGCAGGGACAGAGCGGAGGUCUGCGGGCACUGUGAAGAAACGCCUCAGCCUGUUUGGAGAGGAGACCGCCGUGGCCGUGGCCGUGGCCGUGGGAUCUGAGUCCAUCGUGGCCUCCCGCGAGGCUCCACCGACUGCAUCUGAGCCCGAGACAGCGGGUGUGAGCGUGCAGGCACGGAUCCAGGGCUGGGCUGCAGAGAGCGGGGAGGCCAAGCCCGAGACCAGGAGGCGGGUGCUCCAAGCAAGGCCGCUGUCUGCGGAUUUGACCCGGCUGUUUUCAGCUUCAAGCAAUGAGGGAAGAUAUGAGAAAUGUGCUGUGCUGGGCAGCGAGCCCGCUGGCGAGCAGAAGGACAAGCCUAAGGAAGGGCAUGGUUUGGAUGGAAUGCCUACCCCUAGAAGCCCCUGGAAGCCUGGGGUACCCCAGAAGUCCAGGCUGACAGAGCACAAAGACACUGCUAGCCAAGACCCUGACAGGUGCCGGACUGCAUACCCAAGGGAGCGCCCAGGCCCCCCUUCUGAAGUCACCCCAGAAGACGAUGGAAGCUUCCAGAAGGUAUGGGCCACAGUGUUCGAGCAUCACGUGGAGAAACACACAGUGGCUGACCCGUGGGGCUGUGGUGUCUCAGCCCCUCCUUAUGAGGUAGCCCUCUCAGAGCCGAGGCCCAGGCAGGAGAAAGGCUCUUGGCUGGCAAAGGACCCUCCAGAAAUUCCAAACCCCAAGAGGGAGGACUCCAGGUGGUCUGAGCGUUCUGAUCUUGGGGUGCGGGGACGAGCCACCGUUAUGGACAACGAGCAGAAACAGUAUCCCACGCCUCUCCCAGAAACACACCCUGUUGGGGAAAAGCCCCGUAGUGGGGGGAACUCCUUUAAGCCCUCACAGAAUCCUCCCACGCCCCAGAGGGUCGAGCCCACGUAUGACGUUGUGCACACGACGGGGGAGCGCGUGCACAGCGAGGCGGUGUCCACAGCGCAGGGGGAGAAGGCCGUGACACUCCGCAGGCCCCGGCUCUCGUCACAGGGCCAGGCCGGGCAGCUGUCUCAGGAGGGCAGCCCUGCUCAUCCAGAGCGUCCUCUGGGAGGCCACACGGGGUCCGUCCAAAGGGCCAGUUUGAUUUGGGAAGCCCGAGGACAGGAGGCCAAUAGGCCCAAGCUUGACUUUCAAGAGCCCAGGGAUGUGUCUGUGGACAGUAGCUCUUCGCCCAAAUGGGCAGGUGGUGUGGUGAUGAACUGGCACAGAGCCACUGUAGUCAGCAAAGAGCCAAGUGGUCCUGAGAGGGGCCCGCCCCAGGGAGGCCCCGUAGACCCUCCAUCUGGGCUCAGGGAUGAGCCCCAUGACUCCCAAGCACCUGCAGGGCCAGUCUCCAGUGAGGGUAGCCCAAGGCCAGCUCAGGUGCCCGAGUCUGAAGCGAGGACAUGGAAAGCCAGCCCUCUGGAGCCGAGGAUGGACAGGAUGAGGCGGCGGACUUUGCCCCAUGAUGUGAAGUUUGAGGCGUUCAGCUUCCUCAGCCCAGGGAGCACCUCCAAAGGAGGGCAGAGACGAACCGAUUAUUUGACCUCAACAUCUGGUGCCUUAAAAAGCCCUCCUCUGUUCCACCACUGGGCACAGACUCAGGAGGUGACCACAGGUGCCUCACAGGACAGAUCGCCAGCAGAGAAGCCGGGACUGUCUGCUGAACCCAGGGCAACGUUUUUUGCAGUAACCUAUCAGAUCCCUGAUAUUCAAAAGGCAAAGAGUAUUGUUAAGUCUGGGCCUGAAAACUUGCUGGAACCUUCCAGAAAAACAACCCCACCUCCGUCACCUCACUCUUUUAAGUCUACUUUGAUGUCUCCCAACCAUGAAAAGCCACAGGCUCCGGCGAGCAGUCAGAACUGGCCUAAAGGACAUCAGCACACAAAAGCCACAUGUGAUUCAAAACAUCAGAAGGUCACAGACUGUCCAUCGUUGGUUGGGGACAGGAUUUUGGAUCCUUCCAGAGACAGAAUCAUAGAUGUGGAUGCCUUGCGGGUUCACCGAGGGUCAGGAGAUGGCACUGGUUUUCAGAACGAUGGGAAGGACAGUAGGAGUGGAACGUCCCCCAGCAGCAGGGAUGCCCCUCAAGCCACCCCACCCCUGAGAAGCCGGACCAAAGCCAGCAGCCUUCUGCUCAGGAGGAGGACGGAGGUGAUCAGUGAGACAUUUCCUGGGAAAAUGCGAGAUGGCUACAGGUCCAGCGUCCUUGACAUCGAUGCCCUGAUGGCUCAGUACAAAGAACAGCCAGCCAGAGUCGCUGGCAAGGCCCAGGAGUGGAGGGACAGCCCCACUCCAGAGCCCAGCAGUUCCCCUCAGGAGAGGCCAGGCCGGCCCAGUGAGGCAGAACAGAGACGGAGGAGUCUGAAGGAGGCUCCCCAGACAGAAGGUUUCCAGAAAGAAACGAGUGCUGCCGAGAAAACCCACCAUUCUAGCACUGGCUCCAGCAAACAGCAGGCAGACACCCCAGACUCAGCCACAAAAUCCAGCCCACCACCUUGGGGGUCGCCACACUUGGCUCCUGCCGAGAAACGCCUCACAACCUCACCCGUGCCAGCUGGUCCCAGGACAAAAGCCCCAGGCAUCACUGGAGAUGAAAACCAGGCCUUUGCCAGGAAACACCAGGGUGGGAUGUGUCAGCGUGACCUGGCUGAGUCACAGCCCUCUGGCCCAGAGGACUUGGCCAGCAGGGUCACAGUGUCACCUGGAUCGCCACCCAAUAACCAGAAGAAAGGGACACUAAGGAAAUCCUCUGUACGGAGAGAAGAGGACAGCGGGGCCCAGUUGGGUGACCCUCAUGACCGCACAAGGUUGGCCUUGGACAUCAAGAGGACCUGCUCAGAUAAGGGCCCGCCAGCCAGCAUCCGAGAGGGCCUGUCCGUCAUGCAGAAUGCCAGACAGAGGUGGCAAGAACAGCCCAAAGGGAGGCCCAGUCUCCCUGCCCAGAGUCCCGAGGCCGCAGCAGGACCCUGUCGGAGCGAUCCCAGGACACCAGAGAGUUCCAAGCCGCCGCUGCAGACCACGGAGCCGCGGGAUGGCCCACAGGAUGGACCACAGGAUGGCGAGCGGCUUCUCCGCCAGGUGUCCCCUGUGGCCUCUGUCCCCAGGAGAAGUCACAGCUUCUGCAAGGACAAGAGGAGUGGGCCGCUUGUGGACCAGCUGAAGCAGUGCUUCUCCCGACGAGCCCCCGAGGCCAAGGACACUGAUAACCUCGUGCGUGAAGCGGACAGCCAGUAUGGGACGUGGGCUGACCAGCGCCAGAGCAGGGACAGCUUGGCCGCGGAGUCCCCAUCUCCUGACAGCAGCGCCACGUCGGCGUGGAAACAGCCUCCCGGCAGCCGCCUGUCCUCGGUGUCCUCCCACACGGAGCCCACCUCCGCAGACCUGCACGGCAGCCCCAGGGAGCAGCGCAGUUCCAGCGCGGACCGCUCCAGCUCUGAGCUGGAGUCCACCGACGGCACGGAGGGGCCGCCCCCACCGGACAGCUGCCCUGCAGGGACAGUGGAUGACUUCUCCUUCAUUGAUCAAACCUCAGUCCUCGACUCAAGCGCCCUGAAGACCCGGGUGCAGCUGAGCAAGCGACGCCGUCGCCGAGCGCCCAUCUCCCACGCUCUCCGGCGCAGCCAGUUCAGCGAGUCAGAGAGCCAGUCUGUGCUGGAAGAGGAGCCAGGCAGCACGUGGAUGUUCAAGGACUCGACAGAAGAGAAGUCACCCAGGAGGGGCGAGUCCGACGAGGAGGGGCCAUCCCGCCUAGAGAGGACCGCCACCGGCCAUCUCCAGAGGACCGCCACCGGCCAUCUCCAGAGGACGCCUGCGUUCCCGGGCGUGGACCCUGCUGUGCUGAAGGCUCAACUGCACAAGAGGCCAGACGCAGACAGUCCCAGCGAGACCCUCAGCUGGUCCCCCCAACCCAAGACUCCUAAAUCCCCCUUCCAGCCUGGGGUGCUGGGCAGUCGUGUGCUGCCCACCAGCAUGGAGAAGGAUGAGAGGUUGGAAGAGCCAUCUCCCCAGUGGCUGAAGGAGCUGAAGUCCAAGAAGAGGCAAAGCUUGUAUGAGAAUCAAGCUUGACCAGCGGAAGAGACAUCGCCACAUCCAGUCAACAGAAGCCUUAACCAUCAGACCGUCGGAGCCCUCCGGCCCCUUCCUGGCCACGCGUAUGUGCCUGGGCCUUUCAGUCUUGGAGACACUGUGUAGAGCCCCCAUCAGGGUCCCCACAGAAAAGCCCGCCCUCCAUAAGCACCCGCUCCAGCCCCUCCAGGGAGCGUCCGGCUUCACUUCCAGAAGCAUCCAGGCAGGUGUGGUGGUCUUUCGUGUACAAGUUUGCAUUUCUGCCCUCUUCAGACACCACCUCCAGCCACGGGACCGUCAGCACGAGGCUGGACCGACCAUCUCCCUCAGUUCUGCGAAGCACAGCGAAUUGGGGAAGUGGCUCUGCCUCCUCCUCAGGCCAGGUCCUUUGACAGAACAUUUCCAAGGAAGUUCAUACCACCCACUUUCUGCUGAGUUCUUGGUCCAAGGCAUUAUCUACUCUAUCCCCAAGCCUGGGGUUCAAUCACUGAUUUUUUGAAGGUGGGGGAGGAGACAGGCUCUUCCUUCCCUGGCAGGAUUUAGCACUUCAAGUUUUUGAACAUACCCUCCGUAGGCCUUCCAAAUAUACUAUCUUUCUGGUGGGGCCACCACAUGUAUAGCCGGACCUGUGUUAUCAAACUUCUCCUUUGGAUUUGCUUUAGAAAGGCAGUAAAGCAAUAACUCAGCCAAUUUUCUUUGAAACUUGAUAUGUACAUAUGUUUUUACGUGGAAGGGCAGAAGGAAAAAGUGUGUGAAUAGUAUGUUUUAAAGUAUCCAGUUGCCUCAGGUUAUCUUAUCUGUAUCCAAGCCUUUUACAAAAUUAUAAUGAUCAGCCCUUGUAUAUAUCCCUGGUUUAUUUCCCUUACAGCUCUGAUGUCUGUGAGGCGACCUUUGUCCCUAGGCCUCGUGUUUCAUAAAUUAGAGCCCUGUAGUAGAAGCUGCCUUGGGCACACAGCACCAAAUUUGUCCUGGGCGUCUUUCUCUCUCUGGUCUUUUUUGAACACACUUGGCUUGCUGGAGGGGAAGACUCUGACCGAAUUGGCUUCAGAGCAGAUGCUCCCUCCCUCGUCCCGCCCCUUCCCCAGACAGAGAUCCACCUGGCCAAAGUGCUGCUUUUUGGUCCAAAUGCUGAUCUCCUCAGAGCCCUUCUGUGGCCCUGAGCCCCAGCCCAGAUGCUGGGCCACGAGGUGUCAGACUCCUGCCCUUUCUGUUCCUUGCUAGCUGUAUGCUCCCUCGAGAGAAUCAGUGAUCUUCUGGGACUCCAGACACCUUCUGAUCUGCUUUGUUUUGUUUUGUUUUGAAACCCUUCAGCCCUGGCCCUCCUCCGCCUUCUGAAAUUCCAGGUUACACCUAACAUCCCAGCCGUGCCUGGCCUGCCCGCCUGCCAGGACCAUGGUUUCCAGAAACCUUGUGCCAACCUUGCCUUGGGAGAUUCUUAAUGACACUCUUGAGCAGUUCCCAGGGCAGCCUGUGACUGUGCAAGGCCCUGGGUAGGGUCCUCAUGAACCUGCACACAGCCCUGCCUGGGCAGCGGAAUACAGGCAGCCCUACCUGACUCCCUGACUGGGCAACGUCUGUCUUGGUGAAUCCAUUUCUUGCAAAUGGUGUCAAACUUACCUCUCUGCUCCCUGGGCAUCUCUGUAUUUGUCUCUUCAUCUCGUCUCCCGUCCAAGUUUGUCCUGUUUGCUUCUUUUCUUUUUCUUUUUCUUUCUUUUUAAAUUUUAUUUUAUUAUUUUUAUUUUUGAGGUAAGCUCUUGAUCUGGCCCAGGCUGCCCUGAACUUCACUAUGAAGUCUCAGGCUGGAGCUCACAGGGGUCCUUCCACCUCUGUCUCCCAAGUGCUGGGGUUAGAGGCUUGCACCACCAUGCCCUGCCUUUUUGCUUCUUUUCUGUUUGGGGUGUGGGGCGGGAGGGAUGACAAUCCUUGUGUCUCCAGAUUAGGUCAGACACCUGUGCCUUGAGGGUUAGGGGUCAGCACUGUGGACAGCAACUGUGGGCCUUACCUCAACCUCCACCCAGCUCUGGAAGCCCACUGAGGAGCCUCGCCACUACCCAGCCCUUUGCAAGUGGAUAGCCUCAGGCACCUCACACCAGUUUGCAGUUUCAGUCCAUUUUCUCAGCCAUUUGGGAAUUAAGCUUUGAAAAAAUGCUUUGGUAUUUUGUUUUGUUUUUAGGGCCAUUUUGUGUUUUGCAGCAUUUUUGACAUAGUGGCUUUACAGAUCCAACGACUCCCUUAAAACACAUGGCUAAGAGCUAAGGGUGUUGCUCAGUGAGUCACAGCUUGAUUCUCAACACGGCAAUACCCCAAGCAUGGUGGCACAUCCCAGCUCUCAAAGACGGAGGCAGGAGACCAAGGCCAUUCUUGCCAACAUAGUGAAUUCUGGGCCAGUGACCCUUUUUUAAGAAAAAAAAUAAUAAGCACUGCUAAUGUUUUGACCUUGACUUCUCUUGAGUGCUAUCUUACUGUCCCCCCCCCUCCUCAGGUGGGCAGUAGGAAGUGACCCCACCUUGAGCAGUUCCUAGUCCGCCAGUCGUGUGUGGCCCAAGUACAUUUGGGAAACAGAAAGAAGGACGGAUGUGAGGCUGACCCGUCGAUCAUUGCCUCUCGCACGUGACUGGCAGGAAGUGGGUAUGAGUCCAUGUUAAGACCCACACACUGACCUUGAACCCGGGCAAGGCGAGCUUGGAAGACCAGAGCUUCCUUUCCUCUUCUGCAUCCCCGUCUCCCAAACCCCCGGAGCGACAGUCACCGGGCCAGGAGUGACCCUCACAGUGCAGUCCUCGGCAGUCCCCGAGUCCCCGAGAGGGUGUGGCAAGGUGACAGGUGGUCCUGUGCGAAAGUGGAGCACGUGGACCCUAGAUUUCUCUUUUUGUAAACAGGAUGAUCUCUUUGGAGCCAAGCAGUGGGUUUCUCACUGCUUCCUUGAGUGUUGCUGGAGUCCGCCCCUCCCCCCUCCCCUUGUAAAUCUGCCCCCGUUUAAGCUAACGAUCUGCCUUACUCAUCUGUGUGCAAUCCGUUCACCUGGCCUGCCCAGAGCCCCUCUCCUGUGACUUCGGUUCCCCUCCGCAGGUUCCUGUGGACGUCACAGCUCCUUCGCCCCUGCUGUCCAUCAACGUUUUCAUUGGCCUUUUUUUGAUUGGUCUGUUUUCCUUUUCCCCUCCAGUAGAUAGACCCCUUUCUUCAUGGUCCCGUGCCUCGUAACAGCUGUCUUUGGCCUGUUAAAUCCCGCAACAAGCCAUCAAGAAGUGGCACUGUGGGGAAUUCCUCUGCACUAGCUGAGAAGCGUGGGUGGAAGAGAAACCCCGUGGGUGUUGGGGGCCCUAGAGUGAAGUUGAUUUGAUGGCCUCUGGUUUGGGUGGGAUUCAGGGAACAAAUGUACAAUCAAUAGUAAAGUUUUCCAGGGAGACAAGGCAGGCCAGACAAAUGGGCUGUCCCCUGUGCAUCCUGGAAGUGAGGUCAAGUCCCUAAAGGAGCGAGCAGAAGUGGGCACAGGGUCCUACACCUGCAGAGCACUGGUGGGCAUGGGGGAGGUGGCUGGCAAAGCACUUGGUGUCUCUUUCUUGAGGCAAUCACAGCCAGCCCCACUGCAGGGUGAGGGCACCCUCGUCAUCCUGGACGGUAGAGUUUUUCUUGCUAAUGCCCCUGGAGCGCUCUCCACAACUAGCUUGAUGGAAAAACAAAAAGUCCCCUGUCUAGCUGAGAUGUUCAAGCCUAGCAAGUCACGUCGGCAACUGAGAGGCAUUCUGUGCCCUCUGAAUGUGCUCUCGCCCAGCACGUGUUGUUUGUAAACAAGAGCUAGUGCCCUUUCUCUGGGGCACAGGAGGGCCUGUCCUGAGGUUGCGGGGAGCACCUGGGAAGCAGCCAGGGCCCCACUCCCUGCCCCCAGCAGUCUGCUCUGGUCUGGUUCCCCUAGUGCGUGAGGACUCAUCGACACGCCCGUCAGGCCGAGCUCCAGAAGCCUAGAGCCACGCCAGAAACGAGCAGGCAGGAGUGCACCACAGUGUCGCCGUCCCUGUCCCCUGCUGCCCCGCACCACACACACACUGUAGAGUUUUCUUUCUUCGGUCUGGGUGAUUCCUGCAGAAACACCUUGCAGCUCUCCCAGAAUCUCCUGUGCCCUCCUCACUCUGUCCCUUGACAGUCUCCCAUGGUAUCACUGGGCCAGCUCACCAUGACGCUGUCACUUAAAGAACUUGUGCUUUUUCAGGAGCUCAUCCCACCGUCGCCUUAGAGAUCCUGUCAUAUGGGGCUCAUAAAAGUAAUACAUUGAUUGCUCUGUGGUGUUUUCUAGAUUAUCACUAUCCUGCAGUGACCAUGAUCUUCAAAAUGUAAGGUGGGGUGGGAGAAUGGAUAUAUGAAUAUAUAUAAAUAAAUGCAGUAUAUAUUUUCCUAACUAUCCUGGGUCUUGACCUAGAAUAUUUGAGUCACGAUAGGCAGAGCGCUGAAAUCGUGAGUGGUGGGAAAGUUGCGUGUCUGGCCCGCGACGUUCUUACAGUUGCCUUAGGAAUCCACAAGCGCUGGGACUUCGGGAUGGAAGGCAGAUGACAGGCACUUUGCUCGAUCCCAGAUUAUAAUGAUGUGACUGACAAUUCAUCUACAGAAGAAAAAAAAGCUAUAUUUUUACUGUAAAAACAGGGCUUGCUGGACCUCACAGAGUAUUGUAUGUCUACGAGCACUUUUCUAUCUUGUCACAGUCAAGAGGUUUCAUAGCACAGACAAGCAGGGGGAAAUCACUCAACUGCAGUACAAUCAGAUGAGUUUUGCAUGUACAAAGAUGUUGCAAUCAGUCUCUAAAAAUGACAAAUAAAGCUUUCAUGCAAGUUGCACUGGA